UCGGGGUUUCUGGGCUGGUUGCUCCAAAGUUGAGGAGGUGCUGAGGUUCAGCAGCUGCCCAGUCUCAAACAAUGAACUACGUGGGACAGCUUGCUGAGACCGUCUUUGUCACGGUGAAGGAGCUGUACCGGGGUCUGAACCCCGCCACCCUGACGGGCUGCAUCGAUGUGGUUGUGGUGAGGCAGCCCGAUAACUCCUUCCAGUGCUCCCCAUUUCACGUGCGCUUUGGGAAGCUGGGUGUGCUGCGCUCCAAGGAGAAGGUGGUUGACAUUGAAAUCAAUGGGGAGCCUGUGGACCUGCACAUGAAGCUGGGUGACAAUGGAGAGGCCUUCUUCGUCCAGGAGUUGGAGGAGAAUGAGGGCAGCAUCCCCUCCUCCUUCUGCACAUCCCCCAUCCCCACGGAGCAGAGCCUGGAGGAUGCUGCUCAGACUUCUCAUGGGCGAGAGGCCUCCAGUGCUGAAGCGACCCUGCGCAAGAGGAGGCGACGCAGGAGGAAGCCUAAGCGGAAGGAGGUGUUGGACUCCGAGUUAGAAGGCUGCGAGGAGACCAAAAGCAAGAUGUCCGUGAAGGAGCUGUGCAAGCUGCCAGUCCCAAGUGAUUCAGUGUAUUUCUCCUUCGCUGAUCUCCCUGAAGAAGAAACCGGGUCGUUGCAGUCCCCAGAGAUGCACCCUUACUCUGACGGGGAGCUGGCCUCUGUGGACAGCCCCUCCCUGAGCCAUCUGUCUUCUCCCAAAAGUGACUCUGAACUGGAGAUCAGACCACAGGAGAGUUUUGCUCUAGGGGCUGAAUCCCACAUGCAGUGGACUUGGGGAAGGCUCCCUCAGGUGAAUAAAUCGGAACGAGUUGAACCAGCCAAGUUGACAAAGACCAUUGCUACUGCAGUGACCACUGUCUCUGCAACACUGGUCCCAGUGGAUGAGGCAAUCCAUCUUGUUGCCACCUCUGAAGGUCUGGGAGGAGGUCCAAGUCCAGCAGGACCUCAGGGCACACCUUGUUACUCUGCUGUGUCUGUUGUUAAGCCAACACCCGCACCCCUGGAUGGGAAUGGCCUCCCCAGGAAGAAGGACAUCCCCAGUGCUGUGGGGGCAGAGAGCCUGUUGGAGGUCGCCUCAGCCCCACAAGAGAAACAGGAGGGAGGUGGGACUGUUGUGCCAGAGGUUCAGCCAGAUGUGGAGCCCUUUGAGGGAGCCGCUGCUCUGAGGCAGGUGGGCUCGGAGGACCCUGAGCCCCAGCUGGAAAGCCAGAGGAGACAAGGAUCCACCAAAAGAAGUCCUCACUUGGGUCCUAGUGAUGUUUACCUGGAAGACCUCUCCAGCCUGGAUGAGGAGCAGGUGGCUCUCUAUUUCCCGAGGAGUGACACAGAGCAGAGUUCAAAGCCUGUGGCAGACCCAAGCAACCCUCUGUGUGUCCAGCUGCCAUCCGACUCGCCCACCGACAGCCCCAUGGACUCCGACUCUGAUCUGAUGCCCGCAAUUGCCCUGUCGCUGUGCGGAGGCCUGGGGGGUAGCAGGCAGAUCUCUCGUGAGAAGUUCAUGGAGCACAUGGUCUCCUACCAGCAGUUUGCUGAGAAUCCAGGACUCAUCGAUGACCCGAACCUGGUGAUACUGAUCAACAAGAAGUAUUACAACUGGGCAGUGGCUGCUCCCAUGGUCCUGUCCCUGCAGGCUUUCCAGAGGAACAUUCCUGAGAGCACCAUUGACCAACUUGUGAAGGAGAAGAUGCCCAAGAAAGGCAGCGGGUGGUGGUUUUCCUGGAGGAGGAGAGAAUUCCCGGCAGAGGAGCAGCAGUCGAGGCCAGGGAAAGCCAAUGUGGGGACGCUGCAGCCUGACUCUGCUCAGCAGAGGCAGGAGGAAGAGGAGUCAUCCAGUGACGAUGAGCUCCUGCACCCUGGGGACAUGUUAGCAAUGGAUGCCCCUGCACAGAAAUCUCUGCCAGCCUACAAGAAAUCCCUGCGGCUCUCCUCCGAACAAAUCGGAAGGCUGAAUCUGCAGGAUGGCCCCAACGAGGUGGCGUUCAGCGUGACGACUCAGUACCAGGGCACGUGCCGCUGUGAGGCCACCAUCUACCUGUGGAACUGGGAUGACAAGGUGGUGAUCUCGGACAUCGAUGGCACCAUCACCAAGUCAGAUGCUCUUGGGCACAUCUUGCCGCAUCUGGGAAAAGACUGGACUCAUCACGGGAUUGCGAAGCUCUUCCACAAAAUCCACCUGAAUGGCUACAAGUUCCUCUACUGCUCAGCCAGAGCAAUUGGCAUGGCACACAUCACCAAAGGCUACCUCAAAUGGGUCAACGAGCAAGGCUGUGCCCUCCCUAAGGGCCCCAUCCUGCUCGCCCCCAGCAGCCUCUUCUCUGCCUUUCACAGGGAGGUGAUUGAGAAGAAGCCAGAGGUGUUCAAGAUCGCCUGCUUGAUGGACAUCAAAAACCUGUUUGCCACGAAGCUGCCCUUCUACGCAGCCUUUGGGAACAGAGCCAACGACGUCUAUGCUUACAAGCAAGUGGGCCUGCUGGAGAGCCGCAUAUUCACGGUCAACCCCAAGGGAGAGCUGAUCCAGGAGCUCACAAAGAACCACAAGUCAACGUACGAGCGGCUGUCGGAGCUGGUGGAGCUCAUCUUCCCUCCCCUGGGACAGAGUGGGAGCGUCGCUCUGGUGUGUCCAGAGUACAGCCACUUUGCCUACUGGAGACCUCCACUGCCUGCCGUUGACUUGGAGGCCUUCUCCUGACCCUGUUACCUGUGGAGACCUGACCCAGGGCUCUCCUGUGCAUCCUCUGCCGGGACUGGGUGCUCCAGCUGCAUCUCCUCCUCCCUGUUUGCUGCUCAGGCAUUUUGCACUUCUGAUACGGGUCAUGUUCUGCACUAGAAACUCCCCUUCUCAGGGGACCAAAGGGGGGUAAAUGGGUAAAACUCCAUUUACUAAAUGGAAACUCCUAUAAUUCCUCUUAAUGUUCUUAACACCUUUAAACCCUGGAUCUCUUUUAAAGGUAGUGGUGGGUCACUGUCUUAUUUAUUGAUGAGCCUCUGGCAUAGCUAUUUCUACCUCCAGUAUGACCAGUGUUCCCAGACAGUCCAGCUACCUGCAGUUUGGUAGCUGAUGGAUUGAAGCUGUCCUGUGGUUUAACAGCUCAUUAAGGUGGAUGGAAGCUGUUGAGGUUUUGAGUUUUCUUCACUAAUAUUCACUAAUAGCAAUAAUUAAUAAAUAGUGCCAGGCUGCCUCUUGUCUGCUGUAGCCCUGUGCAUGGAAGUGGGAGCCAGGCUCUGUGUCCUUUUACAAACAUGGUUGCGUUUAUCCUGCUGAAGUGCCCUGCCAAGGGGGUCUGGUCUUGGUGGAGAUGGGGGCAGGACCUACAGCUUCCUUGGCCUGUGGAGCAGCUGCACUAGAAAAGGACUUUUGUAUCUUAAGUUUUUUCUUUUUUUGCCUAUUACCUUCAGGUAAUGUUGCAAAAUUGAUAUAAUACAGGAAGCAAACCCUGGCUUUACCUGUGUGUUGCAUGGGGGUGAAUCUCUCCUGUGCUGGCAGCCUGCCACAAUCUUGUGCUAGGGCAGGAGCUUAUUCCUGUGCCCCUGUGUUGGAGCGUUCCACGGAAAGCUCAGCUGUCCUAAAGCAGGCUUGGGCUGGGACUCAACCAGCCUGUCCCAUGCUGGGUGGGGGACUUCUCUGAAACCUGCUUGCCAGCACUGCUGGGUGUUCAGCCAGCCUGGUGCCCCUGCUCUGGGAGCUCUCAGCUCUACAUAAAACAAAACAGGCAGGAGUACUGCUGGGCUCCUUCCUCCAGUCUGGCAUCCAGCUUCUCCUUUCCUAACCACUGUGUCAUCUCCUUCUCGUGUGCUUUAACUAUAGCUCUGCUUUUCUGAAAGCCACACCAAGUCAUUUUGAUCCUGGAAACCUCAGCAAGAAAUACUUUAUUUUUUUCCUUUCCAGUACAAACACUUUUUCAGCUUUUAAAAUCUGAACAAAUGUACACGGUUUUAAAAACAAUAAAACACAGCCUUUUAACAGGAUCAGUUAUCAACUGCCUUGGAAAGCUGCCUGUGCAAGGACAACUGCACGGGCACCAUCUCCUUCCUUCUCUGCAAGCAAAAAAAAAAAAAAAAUGCCCUAUUUUGUACAGAGUUCCUUUCACCUUUUAAACAUGAAUAGCUGAGAACUGAAAUACAAACUGGCCGUAGCUUCAAGUGACUAGUCAGGAAUAGUCCAAACAUAGCACCACUUUCUGGAAGGGUAGACUUCUUCCUUGUCCCAGUUUUGUUACGGCCAGUCCCGGCUCCCUCUGUGCUGGAGGAAGCUGUUGCUGUUCAG